UAUCGACAAGACUUCCUACAGCCUACUUCGAAUCCACGUCUGCACAACUCAACAAUGGCUGCGCUCUACACCGGUGCACCCCCGCAAGGUGGCCCAGGCUAUUCGUUCAACCAGACCCCCAGAACUGUCCCAUCAGGCGAGCGGCAACAUGGUUUCUACCCCUACACCGACAACGGCGGAUCAACACUAGGCAUCUCCGGCGCCGACUUCGCCAUCCUCGCAGGUGACACACGUUCGACAUCCGGCUACAACAUCAACACACGAUACGCACCCAAGCUCUUUAAGAUUGGCGGCGAAGGACCAGACAACAAGGGCGCCCGGAUAGUACUGUCUGUAGUCGGCUUCGCCGCAGACGGUGAUGCGUUGAAGGAGCGUCUCGACACCAUUGUCAAGAUGUACAAGUACCAGCACGGAAAGCCCAUGACCGUCUCUGCCUGCGCACAACGACUCAGCCACAUCCUCUACAACAAGCGAUUCUUUCCCUACUACGUACACGCCAUCUUAGCCGGUCUGGACGAGGAGGGCAAGGGUGCGUUGUACUCCUACGACCCGGUCGGCAGCUACGAGAGGGAGCAGUGUAGGGCGGCCGGUGCUGCGGCAUCACUUAUCAUGCCCUUCUUGGACAACCAAGUCAACUUCAAGAACAUGUACGAGCCAGGCAGCGGCACUGGUCACGAACUCAAGUCAAAGCAAGCACAACCGCUACCACGGGACCACGUUGAGGAUCUGGUACGGGACGCCUUUACAAGCGCGGUCGAGAGGCAUAUCGAGGUUGGUGAUGGUCUUCAGAUGAUGAUCAUCACGAAGGAGGGCAUAGCCGAGACCUUCACCCCGCUCAAGCGGGACUAAGAAGGCGUGGUAGGCAGAUCGAGGGUGGGGUAUCUUCACGAAUAUGAUGAUUUCAAGACACCGAGCAGAUGUAUGAAUAGCAUAAUGAAAUGCUACUGAAGAUGAAGAAUCAAGCCUUGCAUGGUUCAUGCCAGACAAACUCUGUAUCCUCUCUGUACUUUCAUCUUAUCUGCGUGCGCUCGUUUGGAUGCAGUCGAAGCGCUGCCUGUGUGACACCUCCCGACACUUAAACAGCCAACGAAUCUAC